AGCAUUGCAUUACUAGAUCGAGCAGACAGGUGAGGGUUUUGCUUAUUUUCCGAGUCAUGGCAAGCGCCGCAGUUGAGAAAACAGAGGAGGUGCUCCGCAAGGAGAUCGAUGAGCUCCAACGCCAGCAGCGCGAGAUUACGGAACGCCUUCGAGACCCUAGAGGACUCCGCAAGGGAGGAGCAGCAGGAGGAGGAUUGGCCGCCGCGUCUCCUCGCAACUUUGCCGCCAAUAAUGCUCGGCCACGUGGCUUUACUCGACCGGCGGAUAGGGCUGACGUGGAGGAUCAACCUCCUGCGAAACGCCGGCUUUCGUCGGCUGUUGUCAAGGUCGAAGAUGGAGAAAUAGUUGAGAGUGCUGAAGGAGUCAAGGAUGUGAAGAAGGAUUCAAGCGAGGCGGUGAUAGCUGAUCACACUGAUAGGAGGUUGUCGAAUUCCCAACCUGGUAACUGGUUAAGGAGGGAUGGCAAUCAUGGAGCAGCCAAGAAGGAUUUUGACAUUCCUCCAGCGGAGCAUGUCCCAAGGGUAUUGCCUAAGCAAGAAGAUCCCACCGUGGUUAAUAGGAACAAAAGAAUGCUCGGGCAUGUUUUGGGCACUCUAGAGAAAUUCAGGAAAGAAAACGUGCAGCUCUCAGGAUCAGAAGCUUUCAUGCGGAGAUCAAAUUCUUUACAGAGAGCUGAGCAGAGAGCACGUGAAGAAAGUGAAAGACUUCGGAUACAAGAGCGCGAACAACUAGCGGAAAAGCGGAGGAGAGAUCUGACUCUGCGAGCACGUGUUGCUGCCAAAACUGAAGAAAAAAAAUUGGAACUGCUUUUUCUUCAGUGGAGUGAGCAUCAAAAGAAACUUAGCAAUUUCAUAAGGACCAAGGCAAAGCCUCCAAUAUAUUAUCUCCCCAAGAAACCAUUGGAUGAGGAUGCUACCUUGACGCAGCAGCGAAAAGAAAAGGAGUUCCUAGAAUGGAAAGCAGCACGAAGGGAGGAACUUAACGAUUAUCAGAAGCAGAUUGGAGAGCAGUAUCUUGCAAAUGUUGAAAAGGAGUUGGAGAGGAAAGCAAGGAAAGCCAACAAUGAAGCAAUGAACUUACAGGAAACAAUGGACAAAGAGUUGGACACACAUAGGCUUGAGCAUGGUCCCAAAAAAAGAAAGAUCCCUGAUGGAAACAACAAUGAAGAUGAGGAUGAUGUGGAAGAUAUCAAUGUAGUGGAGGAUGACAUGAUGGAUGAUGUGUUGGAUGUUGAUGAUAACAGUAAACUGGUUGAUGAAAUAGCUAAAUCAGAUGCAGGUAAUGCUAGUCCAAAUGCGGAUGAUGUUGAUUAGUGAGCAAGGAAAACACUUACUCCAUCCAGCUGAGUUUUAAUAGGAAUGAAGAUUUAAUAGGAAUGAAGAUUUAUAUGCUGUUUGUCGAGCAGCAGUUGUCGUCUUGCCUUGUUUUAUUGUGUUUUUAUGUAAUUUGCUUGAGUUACUUAUUUCUCUUAUCUGCUUUAAGAGUUGUUUCUACCCCUUUGCAUGUAUCUGUAUACUUUAGAACGUAAAUUAGUGUUAAUUAGUGCUCAUGGAACUGAGAAUAGUAGCAACAUGUUUGUUUGGCAUGGUAAUGAAGUCAGAAAAUACAUUAUGGCUGUGAUCAUUUGAUCAAGUUGAAUUUAAUGGCUGAACUUCAGGCUUCUUUUGGGGCAA